AUGGCAGGUAUACCUCCAGACCGAUGGGCCAACCUUUUGAACACCGGGAAACAUUCGGACUUCACUAUCAUCUGCGAGGAUGUUGAGUUCAAAGUACACAGCGCUGUAGUGUGUACGGCAUCGCCUAUGCUCGAUGCAGCUUUCGCCGGACCCUUCAAGGAGGCAAAUACUCGGCAGAUCAACUUUCCAGAGGAGAAGCGAGAAAUCGUCGGUCGUCCCAUCCGCUUCAUGUACACAAAUGACUACGAUGAUUCCGAGGCUCCACACUCUGUUUCCAAGCCGGACAAAAACAACGAUCAGGGAUCUAAAGUGGCCACUGACGACGCCUCACUAGCUCCUUUCGGGAGAAUGACAGUCAACGCACUCGUAUACAAAUGCGCAGAUAUGCUUGGUAUCAACAACCUGAGGACAGUUGCGUGUGAGAAAUUCGUGCGAGAAGCAAGAAGUGCAUGUGCAAUGGAAGGCUUCGCCCAGCCUUUGAAAAUCAUGUUUGAAAGCACCCUAUCUAAUGAUACUGAGCUUCGACUUGCCGUUGUUCGAAUCUGCUUAGACGAAUACCCUCAGGUCAAGAAACAUACCAAAACCGUGGAGAUCCUUAAAACCCACGAGCCGAUUGUCUUGACGAUCUUCACACAGAUGCCCGACCGCGUGGAUCCAGAUACACACAAGGAGCUCAAGUCAUCAUUUUUAGGACUUGCAUCCUUCCUGUCUACUGAAAGCACGAUGACUUUCUGCAGGGAGUGCCAUACACACCGCGCAUACUGCAACGUGGAACGAGAUCCUGCUACACGUGAAGUGAUAUCGGUCGAUUUCCUUUGCAAUGAGCAUCCAACAACCAAGCAGCUUGCAUCUUUCUCCGUACCCAAGGUCGCCAACCCAGCAGCUAGAGGUCGUCGUGGCGUAGGUUCGGCGAUCCGCUCCUCCACAACCGCUAACUAG